AUACGCACCACGCGUUACGUGUAGCAGACACAACUCGUGCGAUUUCCUCUGCUUGUUAAUCACUGAGUCAAUACCGGCGAUUUCAAACCUCAACACAAACACUGCAGCGAAGAAAUUGGUAGAGAUCUAUACAAAUUUAUUGAGGGAGAGAGUCUAGAGAGAGAAAAUAUUGCUGGUUCUAAUACAGAGAGCCGAUCAAUUUGUGGAAUUGUUACAGAAACUCCAGAGAUGAAAUUUCCCUAAUUUUGAAUGGAAACCCUAACCCUAAACCCAAUCAAACCCAUCGGAUCUUCCGAAUGUGGCGGUUUUCGGAUCAUCUGGACAUAUCGCCACUUCUCUCUCUUCUUUUCCGGUGGCUGAGCAAUCGCUCUCUCUCUAGUUUUUCAAGGAUCGUCUACAGUUCGUUCUGUUUAGAUUUUAGGGUUUUGAUUUUUAGAGAAAGAAAUUAGAGAAAUUGGGCAAUUGUGUUUCUGAGCUCGUCCAGGAUCAUCAACAGUAGUAGCAAAUAGAGAGAGUAGAGAAUUUUGAUCAGAGAAUCGAAUUAGAGAUAGCAAAGUGAAUUAUAUAGAGUGAGAAGAGAUGGGAAGUUCGGACAAGGGAACUGGUGUUGUCGACUGCAGUGUUGGGACCAUCGUUUGGGUCCGGCGACGGAACGGCUCAUGGUGGCCUGGUAAAAUACUUGGCCCUGACGAGCUCUCUGCUGCUCAUCUCAUGUCUCCCAGAUCUGGUACUCCAGUCAAGCUUCUCGGAAGAGAGGACGCCAGUGUGGACUGGUACAAUUUGGAGAAGUCCAAGCGUGUAAAGGCAUUUCGAUGUGGUGAGUUCGAUGAUUGUAUUGAGAGGGCUGAAUCUUCCCAGGGCAUGCCUCCAAAGAAAAGAGAGAAAUAUGCACGUCGGGAAGAUGCCAUUCUUCAUGCUCUUGAACUUGAGAAGCAACUGCUGGAGAAGAAGUACGGGAAAUUAGGAUGUUCUACUAAUGGUAAGAGUAGUAAAUCGUCUGGUGGUGUGAAAAAAGAAUUGGCGACAUCUUCAGAUUGCUUGGGAUAUGGCAAUGAGAAACAUGUAGACCCCAAGUCUCAUCAUUCCAAGAGACUGGAUAUAUCUCUCGAGGACAAGAACAUGCCCCGCCAUGCACAGAAAGCCAAAGAGGGAAAUCGACUGAAUGGGGAUGAUGAUAAUUCUGAAGUAGUGCCUCGGAUGAGAGGUUUGCAGGACUUUGGGCUCAGGAUUGCUCCUUCAAGGCGAAAGCUUUCUCCUUCAGUUACCUCAGAUGGUUCUCAGAAACCUGCUGUUGAUAAUAAUGCUCAUGCUCUUUCUAGUGGUGCACUUAACACUGGAGACACAGUUCAUACCAACAGUAAAAAUUCUUUAGACAAAAGAAAAAGGGUACAUGAGGAUUUGGCUGAGGAAUCCAUUGUCAGGAGACGUGACAGGCGCCGUCCUCUAGUCCAAGUACUGCAGAGUAGCACAAUCUUACCAGUUUCCCAAUCCUUGCAGCCUGACAGCAGUACGGUUUCUGUCUCUACGUCAGGAGAGGAGGCAGGAGUCAUAUCCCGAGCAAAGAGGGGCAAAUCUGUUUACGUUCCAGGUGAGUCUGGUGAUUGUUGGGAGGAUAAAGAAGUUCAUUCCAAUCAGAUGGAGAUGUCACCUUCCCAGUUUGAAGAGAGUAAUUGUCCUCACCCCACUACUUUGAGUGAAGAUAACACCUCUGGAUCUACGGAAGAUACUGAAACUGAUUCUUCCGAGACUGAUUCUCUGGAUUCAGAUACAGAUGAAGAGAUGAUGGCACUUUCAGACACUGUUAUGACUAAUGAAUUUGAACCAAAAUCUCUGGGAAGAUCUGAAGCAGAAGCAGAAGCAGAACAUGGAAGCAUGAGCAGUGACGAGCCUGAUGAUUUGUUACUAACUGGUGACAUGUCUGAUCUUUGUCCUCAUGACCCUGUUUCAGCUAGUGCAGGUGUGUCCAAGUGGCAACUGAAAGGAAAAAGGAAUAAUCGCAGUUUUACAAAAAGGUCUGUGGAUAUAAAGGGUCCAGAAAGAUUCAUUUAUGGAAUGACUUUGGAUGAGGAGGGAAGCAAUGGUUGUGAUGAGGUUGAUGCAGUUGAGAAGAAUAUUAGUACUCGAAUGGGUGGAUUUGACAACAAGGGGUAUUCGGUAAUAUCAAAAUCUACAUCCAGAAGAGUAGAUAGAUUCAACCGUAAUAUAAUUGGUUGGGAGGAUUUGGCUUGGAAUGAUCAGCCUGCUUAUACAGGAUUCAGGGAGGACUUUGGCCUUGAUUCUGGAUUUGUUGGCCGUAAUCACUUUGGUGGCAGGACGAAAUCAAUAUUGGUAGAUGUAGAUUUGAAGGUCCAAUCAGGCUAUCAAAGAGAGCGUGUCCCUAUGAUUUCUCUGAUGAGCAAGUUUAAUGGGCAGGCUAUCGUAGGGCACCCAAUUCAGAUUGAGGCAUUGGAUAAUGGUUCAUCUGAAAUUCUUUUGUCAGCAGCUGAUGAGUUUUUGCCUGAAAUAUUAGAUAAAGAUGCAACACUUCCACCAGUGUGGAGGACUGCCAGGAGGACAGCCAAUUUUCGGGUACCGCGACCUCAUCCAUCUACAACAGUGGAUGGUGAUGAAACUGCUGAGCAUUUUAGACAUUUUAAUCAAGACAGGAAAGUAUUGUUCAAGAAAUCAAAUGCAGGUAGUUUCGGACACAAGACAAGCAUGAUGACAAAGAACCUUUCUCAUGUCUCCCAUCCUCCAAUAGACAGGAAGUUCCAAAGAAAGACUCCGAAGAAGAUAAGCUUAUCUUCUAACCAAAAGAUAAGAACCCUGUCUUCAAUAUCGACAGAAAGAAAACUCAAUAGUGUUCCAAAACUCAGUAACAACAGUUACCAAGUGGGCGGGCUUAUCAAACCGGAACCUGGGCCCACUGCGGUAGCUUGUAUCCCUGUUAAACUAGUAUUCAGUAGGUUAUAUGAGGAGCUGGGAGCCACCAUAAAUAAGAGCUAGUCACGGGGCUUCAGGGAAUGGAAAUACAGAGUCAUCCGUCAUAGCUACAUGUAAAUUGUUAUACUAGAUCAAUAAUCUUGUACUGCACAUCUAUUUGUUGUUAAUUUUUUGUCCGGUAAAUGUGUUCCUCACACCCUGAUGUCAUGUCCAACAUUGAGAGGAUGGAUUUUGCAUACUGUAAACAAAUAAUGCAGGUGACAGAGAAAGAAACCAUAUAUUGCAUACUUGAUCCGGGAUUCUGUCACAGUUGCUGUACAUGGGUUUCUGAGGAAGCAGCAGACGAAGAAUGUAACUUCUUAUAAGCCAUCAAAUGGGGAGCUCUGGCGCUCAGCAAAAGAGAUAGAAGUAGGUAUCUUUAAAUUCGUAGAGAUGAAUGUACAUUGUAUUCCGUUAAAGCUUAUGUUUUUUUGAAGUUUCUUUCCUUAAUUUAAAUAUAGAUGAAACUUUGAUAAUGGAUAUCAAUGUAGAUGCUAUUUUUAGGUUGUAAUUCCUUUUACUUGUUUGUCUGUAAAUUAGAUGGUGCAAGUUUUCAGUUA